AUGAAGCAACGGUUUGGAACCGCUUUGGCCGGCGUUGUUGUUCCCAAACAGACCGCUGAUUGGUAUGGUGAAUUGAAUCUGUCAUGCUUUCUUUUCUCCAGUCGUUUGAAUGGGAUAGUGGAAAGACUCAUUACAAUCAAUGUCAUUUCGCUUUGGACGAAAGAUUUGAUUCAAGAGAUGCUUCUUGAAGCAAUUCUUUUGCAAGUUAUCUACUACACAUUGGCUCAAUAUCACAGGCGAUGA